UUCCAACCCGGAAGAAUUGUCCUCUGAUUAACGUUUGAAUAAACAAGAAUGGCCAAUUUGUUGUAGGAAAACAUUGCAAGCGAUGUUGCUAAAAAAUAUCGUAUAUUUCAACUAAGAAAUAUAGAUGUCUUGUAAGGCAUGGACAUUAACGAAUGUGUGUAACAACGCCCUAAUGUCAGCCACCUUGUUGGAUAAAAAGAACCCCGUUGUGUUCACGAAUCGGUAAGAAUUAUUGUUACCCUGCAGUGUGGUUGUUUUUGACGAAGGAAAUAUGGCUGAAUUGCACGUUGUGGAGCAGAGUGGUACUAGCACUAUAGAACAAACCGAGCACCGUGAUGUCCGAGGCUCUGUUCGGCUGGCUUCGUCCAGUCUCAUGGUUCCGCCGCGGAGUAGCUUGCCCACCAGUCCCGGAGUAUCGAGUACUAGCAGAGUAGUGUUUGGGUUUCCAAUGAGAAGCAACCCCAGUUCCCCGUCAGAGCCAGCAGAGAAACCCGGAUCCCGCUGGGUUCGCCUCAAUGUUGGUGGAACCUGCUUUGUCACAACCAAACAGACAUUGUGCAGGGACCCCAAAUCGUUCCUGUACCGAUUGUGUCAAGAAGAUCCGGAUUUGGACUCUGAUAAGGAUGAGACCGGUGCAUACCUGAUUGACAGAGAUCCCACAUACUUUGGCCCCAUUCUGAAUUACCUGCGGCAUGGGAAACUGAUCAUGGACAAGAACCUAGCAGAAGAAGGUGUCCUUGAGGAGGCGGAGUUCUACAAUAUUGCGUCAUUGGUGAGGCUGGUAAAGGAGAGGAUACGGGACAACGAGAACAGGACAUCUCAGGGCCCAGUGAAACAUGUGUACCGGGUGCUGCAGUGCCAAGAGGAGGAGCUCACCCAGAUGGUGUCCACCAUGUCAGACGGCUGGAAGUUUGAGCAGCUCAUAAGCAUCGGCUCGUCCUACAACUAUGGCAACGAGGACCAGGCUGAAUUCCUGUGUGUGGUUUCCCGGGAGCUCAACAACUCCACUAACGGCAUUGUCAUCGAGCCCACUGAGAAGGCUAAGAUCCUCCAGGAGAGAGGUUCACGGAUGUAAUGAGACUCCCAGGCCUGAGCUCACCCUGCUCAGCUCAUGUGACAUUUCCUGAUGUCCCCUGCACCACCUCAGUCACGGUCCAAACCUUCACCUGUUUCACCUCCCCCUCCUCUGGGUGUGCCUUUCCACAGUGGGCGGUUCCCAUCCCCCUCCCCUACAGUGCUGCAACAUAACCCCAUCGUCAUUUCUUAUUCUCAGUUAUAUUCAUGAACAUUUUGAGGGAUUCUGAAGAGAUGGCAAUAGAGUAUUAUUAAAUGCAAUACCUGUUGUCAUAAAUUGGCUUUUGAAGAAUCAGGUUUUGCCCCUGAUCAUAAUCCUCGUCUUGUCUAUAGUACCUCCACACAGAGCUAAAUCAUUGUCACCUUCCACAUUCAGGUGAUCACACAGUUAGUGGGGAGCCCUUUCCUUAUCUGUCCGGCUAUGUCGAUUUGGCGGAAAUCUGUGAUAAUCUCCUCAGGACUUUCAAAGGACGAAAAAAAAAAAAGGAAAAAAAGGAAAACAAAAAAUCUACUGACUGUGACCCGCCCCACCUACAACCUUGAAUAUCCACCAUCUCCACAGCUGGAGCUCCAAGACAGUUCAUAGUCGAUUUAGAGGCUGAAGGCGGAGAGGUGGGGCUAAGGACAGUGAAGCCACCAGAAUCUUCUACAGCCCUCAAAUUCAAAUUUGGACCUCAAUCUGGACCCCCCCAUUCUUCCCCCUCUAAUCAGGGACAGAUUUCAACUUGGGACACGAGGUGGGUGCGAUUUUAAUUAUCAGGUAGAACAGAAAACCAGCAGUAGUAUGGACCUUGUAGGGUAAGAUUUGAAUACCCCUGUUCUACAGCAUCUCUUUUGGUCAUCUUGUGCAGUCAGUCCUCACACAAACUCUUUCAUAAUAAAACUAGAGGAUAGUGGGGAGGAACAGACCUUUGUCUAACAGAGGCUCCACCCCACACCGUGGUUCAUCAGUGACUUUCACUGCUGAGUGCUGAGCAUCCAUCACACUGAGCAUCCAUUUUUCUUUUUGGCUCGGGUCAAAGUCCUUUGUCACCGGGAGGGCACAUCUUUUUUUUUUUUGCAGCCGUGCUAGUGAUGUUUCAGUGCAAAAGAAAACACACAACUUAAAAGACUAAACCACACACAUGUACACAAUUGUCAGGCAUGUGAGGAAUAUAAAUCUAUAUAUAAUGAAAUUAUAUGGAGAAAAUGAAUGCAAAUGAUUAAUAUUUGUCGUAUUUUUGUGCAGUAUGGUGAGUUUAUUCCAUUGGGGGAGGACAUAUCACUCCUCUCUGUGUUUCCCCCAUUGACAAAGGUGUACGUCUGUGUAUGCAGUGCCUCUCUGCUAUACGUCAAUGAUUGGAAAUAUGAUCAACGACCCAGAGUUUUUCAAUGACACAACUUCUAAGUACAUUUUUCUGUUCCUUUAUAACCCUUUCAAACGAUCCUUAUUUCUCGCAGCUCUGUGUUCUCUUUGCAUAUCUUACAAUUGUAAUCGGAGAUAAGAGACGGGUUACUGAAAAGCUGUGAUGGCAUGUGUCCAGUACAGUGUGCCUGUUGGACCUGUGAUCAUCUGUAAUCUGCCUAGCCUUGUUUCAUUUUCAUGCCAAUUAUCACUCACUGUGCAUUUGCCUGCUACACACCUUGGCGUAUGUUCAGUUAACAGCUUUGCUUUACAUUUUGCAGUAUGCACUGUUUUGUAACUAUAGAGUAUGUGGAAAUUAAUAUUUGAAAUGCAUACUCUGGAAUUGUUUAUAGAGUAGGUAUACCCAUAGGAACAUUGGGUAUUGAAAUUGCCGCAUGGAUGGGACAUUUCAGCUUUUUGAGUUGUAACGUUGGUGGAAAAUAAGGAGAUUAUACUUUGUUUCUCAACCAGUGUUACAUCUCUCUGUGCCAACCAGCAGUGAUGGGUACAAGCUUGUCUGGAGUAUACUUCUCUUAUACGCAUAUCAUUGUCCCAGGAGUAAAUCCUGGUAUUACCCCUAUUUGUACUACAUUCUGUCAAUUUGACUGUGUACUUAAAAUAAGUACCCCGUAGGUGAUCAAUGUCACAUAAUCUGUACACCUUUUUCCUGUGUAUAGUGAAUAUUUGGUGCAAUUAUGUUAUAGCGGCAUGUGUAAGAAUGUGUUCAACUUAAAAACCACACCCCAAAAUAAUUACCUGUGCUGUCGUUAUGCUCCUUGACUUUUUUUUUUUGUGUGACUUUUUUUUCCCCCUUGGAGUGUAUGUUGUGCAAUUCUACUACUAAACUGGGACAAAACUGCAGUCACGCACAGACUGUGCUGCUGGAAGAAUGACUGACUCUCUGAUAGAGGCUAUUUUUCUGCUCUUUUGGCCUUUUUCAAAGCCCCUGGGGGUUGUUCUCUUUGUCUGUCUGUGUCCAGUGUUGUGCCUUUUGACCUGUGUUGUGCACAGUUGUUGCCCCCCCCCCCCCCCUCUGGCUUUUGAGGCUCCUCUCGCAUUGGAAAUGAAACGCUACGAGGCACCGAGGGACCCGUGUGGCGUGGUUCCUCUGUUGGUUCGAUCUCCUGUUAUUAAUCGGUGAGAGAAGCUCCUGGAAUAGACCUUGACCGAGUCUAUUCUUCCGUCAUGACUAGGUCCUGUUUGUUUACGUACAGUGCAGAUUAUCAGGCUUAACUCCUUUUUCUUUUGUGCCAAUACUUUUUAACCAAGCCCCCCUCUGUUGAC